AUGACUGCUUCCAAGGCAGGGAGAAAAGCUUUCCUGAUGAAGAGAAUUGGAGACCCAAAGAUCAAGGUCUCCGAGCUGCAGCAGGUUGCAAAAGAAUUACUGGGAAUGAUCACUGAUCACCGGGACUUCAGUAUCGCCAUCGGCGUGCUCAGCCGGCGUCGGCAGCACGACCUGAUGUUCAAAAUGAUCGACGACAUGGACAAGCGACUCGGCCCCAACGUCGUGACCUACAGCGUGGCAAUUAAAGGACUCUCGGGGUCGGGCCAUUGGGCCCUGGGGACGCAGCUGCUGAAGCAGCUGGAUGACAGGGCCAAAGGUGGCCCUGAUUCGCCCAACGUCAUCACCUACAACACCGUCAUUACCGCGCUGGCGAGAGCCAAGCAGUGGGAGGGCGCUCUUGGGGUCCUGGAGGAGCUUACAUCGAGGCAGCUGAAUCCCACCGAGUCCACCUACAGUGCAGCCAUGACCGCCUGCCGGGGUGCCCAACAGUGGAGGACGGCUCUCGGCCUGAACGAGGACAUGCUCAACAGUGGCCUUCGUGGUAAUCUGUUGACGUGGACAUGCCUUAUCCAAGCCAUGGAAUCUGCAGAGCCCGUGCUGGCGGUGCGAAGUUAUGGGCGCAUGAAGCGGGCAGGCUUUCAGGCGGACGAGCAAGUUUACGACGCCGUCCUGAGAGCUUGUGCCGCCGGUGGUCUCUGGAAGAGGGCGAUUUUCAUCAUCAACAGCAUGAUUCAAGCUGGACUGACGCCGAGUGCUUCUGCUUACAGCAGCGCCAUUGCUGCCUGCAGCAGCGGGGAGGGCAGGCGAAGUAUUGACCUGUUCGCCGAGAUGCUCAGCAAAGACUUGUCACCUACCCCCGCAGCCUAUGUGGGUGUGAUGACUGCGUAUGAGAAGGAGGGGGACUUCGAAAUGGUCCUGAAAACCUUUGAGGACAUGAAAGCCCAGCCAGGCUGCCGCCUGACGUACGCAGCCUUCGCCGCAGCCAUGCGGGCUCACGCCAGCCUGCAGCAGCCCGAGGACAGCGACACCCAGCGCCGCGGCGCCGCGCGGAAGCUGCUCACGCUCUUCGACCAGAUGUCGGCGCGGCACAGGACGCAGCCGGAUGCAGAAUGUCACAGCUUAGCAGCACAAGCCCAUGCCACCUGCUACGAGGCUAUUAAGGGAGUGCGAGUGCUGGAGCAGGCCAUCAAGAAUGAGCUCACUCCAAGUGGACUGGCUUGUCGGAAUGUCCUGGACGGCCUUGGAAAUAGCCGCGAUGGAGAGGCGAGCGAAGACCAGUACAAGAUGCUUUACGAAGCUGGCAUCCGGGGUUACUUGCCAGAUGGCGAGCAAUCUGCACUGCUACUGAAGCAGAUGACUGAAGCAGGUUAUAGCGCUUGCCAGGACAUCUACGAACGCAUCGUCCGAGAGUCUAACUCGCCCGAGGUCGCCACAGCAACGUACGAGGACCAUGUGGACGUUGAUUUGAAGGUGCUGCAAAUGGAGGCGGCGCCUGAGACCGAGGUCGCUGCCAUGAGCGCCUUCGUGGACCAGGCCACAUGGGCCCGAGCACUCGAGAUCUUCGAAGAGCUUCGGGUCAAGGGCUCCUUGGCGCCCAAGGGUCGAUCUUUGGACCUGCUGGAUGCAGCCGGCCUGGCAGCGCUCAGGGCCUGUGCGGCGGGUGGGAAGUGCCAGGAGGCUCUUAACGUGAUCGAGCAUCUGCGCUUCCGCGGCCUCGUCUUGAGCCCUGCCCUGUACGAAGCGGCCAUUGCCGCCGCCAUUGGCGGCUUUCAGCUGGAGACUGCAAAGGAUCUGCUCUUCAAAAUGAAGGGCGCUGGCUACGAGCCGUCGCCAGCAGUGCUUAAGUCCUGCCAGCUCGAGUCCUACGUCGAGCAGGUGCAAGAGGCCGAGAGGCAGGGUGUGCUGCCGGAGGAGGCGAUGCUGGAGAAGGCUAUCCGCGAAGCGAAGAAGGAAGUCGGUGACGUGGAAAUGGCACGGGACCUCACCCUGCAGCUCCGGAUCGCGAAGACGGGUGUGGACGAGCAGCGCUGGAACCGCCUGAAGUGA